CCAUUUGACUCUCUCCAAAACAGAACUAUUAGCAAUAUGGCUUAAGGUCACAUUUGGUAUUCUUUCCUUGCCUUGAAUCAUAAAUCUCAUUGCAAAGCGACAUGCUGCUGAGGUUAUUCAACAAACACCUAGAGCUCACCGACUGCCCAGGAUGUGUAGUUACAGCUACAACUACACCUUUUGCACUAAAACAUCACUCAGAAACUUGUACAAAAGGCAGAUUAUUGAGUAUCUCCCACAAAUUCUUAUUUGGUUUAUUGGCAAUGGAACCCGAGAACCUACUUUUUUUUAUACAAACAUCCUAGUUGAUUGGAUGGAGGAAUUUCUUAGCUUGUGUUUGAAAAGCACUGCAUAGCAGAUCACUGACACUAAAUGACAGCUUUUAAAGAUUAGUUACUCGAUUCUUAGUCUUUAGCUCUCUAAACCUUACAAAGCUUAUAAAACAAUCUGCCAACAUCCCACUUGCUUUAGGAGUAUGGAAGAUGCCCAACAGAUUUGAUUUGUUGACUUGGUUUUUCUUUGUCUCAUUUAAAAUGGUCAUGCUUUCUUCUCAACAAUCAGAACACGAGUCCCCCUGCCAGAUGGACAAUCUCACGGAUGUGGCAGAAUUCCUGCUCAUGGGCUUUUCUGAAGUCUGGGCCCUACAGAUUCUGCACGCGGGGCUGUUUCUGCUGCUUUAUCUGGCAGCACUGGUGGGGAACCUACUCAUUGUGACAGUCAUCACGCUGGAUCACUAUCUGCACACGCCCAUGUACUUCUUCCUGAAGAACCUCUCCUUUCUGGAUUUGUGCUACAUCUCAGUCACCGUGCCCAAGUCUGUCCACAGCUCCCUGACGCAUAGCAGCUCCAUCUCUUAUCUUGGCUGCAUGGCUCAAGUCUAUUUUUUCUUUGCCUUUGCCUCUGCUGAGCUGGCCUUUCUCACUGUCAUGUCCUAUGACCGCUACCUUGCCAUUUGCCGCCCCCUCCAGUAUGGAGCUGUGAUGACGGCAGGGAAAUGCUGCCAGAUGGCAGCGACUGCCUGGCUCAGCUGCUUUUCCUAUGCAGCAGUGCACACUGGAAACAUGUUUCAGGAGCCUAUUUCCAGAUCCAACAGCAUCCACCAGUUCUUCUGUGACAUCCCCCACGUGCUGGCCCUGGUGUCCUGUGAGGUUUUCUUUGCAGAGUUUGUUGCACUAGCUCUCAGCUCGUGCUUGGUGAUGGGCUGCUUUGGUCUCAUGAUCACCUCUUACUUCCACAUCUUCUCCACGGUGCUCAGAAUCCCUUCAGGAGAGGGUCGAGCAAAAGCCUUCUCCACUUGCUCCCCACAGCUGGCUGUCACCGUGCUCUUCCUCAGCACCGGGCUCUUUGCUGCCUUAGGGCCAGUUGCCAAAUCUUCAUCCUUUCAAGACCUGGGAAUUGCUCUGGCAUACACAGUUCUGCCUCCUGUUCUGAAUCCCAUCAUAUACAGUUUCAGAAAUAAGGAGAUAAAAACAGCACUGUGGCGGCAAUUUUGGAAGAUACACCCUCUGCCAUAGUAGGACUUCUGGUCUUUGCUGUAGAAGGUUUAUGAUAAAAGACGUAACGAGCCUAAAUACAUGAUGACAAAUGAUGAAAAAGCUGCUGAUUCCAAUUUGGAAAAUUGCUAAAUUAACAGAAAAUCAUCCAUUUUAUUCUGAAUUUCCAAUGUAAAAGAA